AGGAAGACAGCCGGCUCGCCGACUCCAAGUACAAGCGGGAGCUGGACAGGGCCGCCAGGGAGCUGAAGGCCGAGCGCCAGAAGGCCGAGCGCCUGCAGGCGCAGCUGCGGAGGCUGGAGGACGAGCGCAGGUUGAACCCUGGAGAUCGCCCGAGGUCUCGGCCGACGUCUCGCUCGCCCUCCGUCGACCGGGCGCGGCCGCCCUCGCGGCCAACGUCCGGCGUCGGCUCGCGCGCCUCGUCCAGGGCGCCGUCCCGCGCGGGCUCGGUGGCGUCCUCGAGGGACCGCACGCCCUCGCCGAGCGGCCUGGGCCGCAGCGGCAGCGCCGGGAGCCGAGGGCCCGAGCCGCGGUCGUGGGCCUCGCAGCGCUCCAACUCCCCGGGCGCGCGGCGUGGCAUCGAGGCCCUGGGCGGCGGCCGGAUCCGACGCUACGAUCAAGUUCAGCAUCGCCAAUGGAAGGCAGAUCCAGCGAUUUCAGACGCGCGUCAUUUGCGUGUUGAGCGGAUGAGAAACGUGAUGUGCCCUCGCCACAGGCGACGCUGUCGCCCUACAGGCGGAGCGCCGUCUCGGGACAGCGGGACCCCUCGCCGGGGCAGCGCGGCCGGGAGAGGACCCCGUCGCCGGGGGCCAUGCGGCAGGUGCCUGGCAGCGGCCUGACCACCCAGCCGCACCAGUCGCAGCGCCCGCCCAUGUCGCUGCGGGAGCAGCGAGG